UAUUAUUGAAAUCCUCUCCCGGAAGUGCCGUGUUGCUGCUCGCGAAUUGACGUCAGCACCGAGCUCUGGAUCGUGGGACGCUUGUGUAUGUCAGUGUCUCCAUGUCUGUGAUCUGUGGACACGCUGUGGACCCUCGCCUUGUUUAGCUCCGCAGCACCGACAGCAGCAUCAUGGCGUCUGAAGGCCCUGUUAUAAAUGGCGACCUCCCUCGCUCUCCCAGUCAGCCGGGCCCGCUGGAGGACACGCUGCUGCAGAUGAACAAACUCAUCCAGGAGAACCGGGACCUGAAAGAGGCCCUGCGUCAGACCAACCUGAUGAUGAAGGAGCGCUUCGAGGGUCUAUCUGCGUGGAGGGAGAAGCAGCGGGAGGAGCGGGACUUCCUGGAGAGCAGGCUGAAGGAGGCUCAUGGCCGCAUGGAGGAGCUGACUCGCCACAACCAGGAGCUGAGCAGGAGGUUGGAGGAGGCGGGGAGAGCAGGAGGAGGAGCCCCAGGAGGAAGUCAGGCAAAAUCGUCCAAUCACAGUUUGGAGGUGGAUGCCCUGCGUGCCCAUGUUGCUCGCCUGCAGGCGGAGAAGAACGACCUAGUGGCCAUGAACUCUGAGCUGCAGCUGAAGGCGGAGGAGGACUCGCAGGACGACUCCUUCAUAGAGAUCAUCAGGGUCUCGGAUGGAGAAAUUGAUGGCGUGCACAAUGUGUGCGGCACAGAGCGCGGCAGGCAUCUGGACAUGAGCAUGACGGCAUCCCGGCUGGACAGCAACAAGGAGGUGACGGUGAGCCAGUUGCUGCAGUUGCUGAGGAACGAGACCCAGCGGGCCGAUCAGCUGAAGGCAGAGCUGCAGGAUGCUGCUGCCAGAGUUAGAGAGCUGGAGGAGAGGAAGAGUAGUGAAGACAAAUCCACACAGACAACCCAGCCAGACACCACAGAGACCAAGGAGAAUUCUGGGAUGGAAGAAAAGACAGCGUCGGAGGUGGAGAAUCUCAAAUCUCAGAUGAUGACGCUUUUCAAAGAGCUGCAGCAUGCUCAGAGCAAGCUGGACGAAGCAGAAGGCAUGAAGAAGAACCUGCAGGACAGAUACCGCGAUGUGGAGCAGGACGUGGCGACUCUGAGGGCUCAGCUGGUGGAGAAACAGGUGGUUCAGUCCGAGAAUGACCGGCUGAAGCUGCAGCUGGACAGCAUGCAGGCCCAGAGCCUGAUAGAGCAGAAGAAGGCCGGGGAGGAGAGAAACACAUUAGCCCAGCUGAAGGACGCCUAUACCAAACUGUUUGAAGACUACAAUGAGCUCAAAGAGGAGAGGAAGAAGAAAGAGUCUCAGCUCGUGAAGAAGGAGUUGGUGGACGAGCUGCAGGAGCGACUGACUACAGCAGAAGAGGCUCUGGCAGUAAAACAGAGCAAGAUUGAUGACAUGAAGCAAGAGAUUUUCCAGAAAGAGACAGAGCUGGAGACCAUAUCCGUGUUCCAGGCUCAGGCCGAGGUCUACUCCUCAGACUUCUACGCUGAGCGAGCAGCGAGGGAGAAACUCCAUGAAGAGAGGGAGCGUCUGGCUGCUCAGCUGGAGUUUGUGAAGAAGCAGAACUCGCAGCUGCAGGAUGAGAUGGAGUCACUGGGCCGGCAGUCACUGAACGAGAUGCAGAGGAGACAUGUGUCACUGGGAGGAAAUCAUCGUGGAGCCGGUCCAUCUCUGGUUGGAAGAGGUACGGACUGGCAGCAGGGGAACAUUCCCGAACAUGCAUGUCCCAAGUGCAAUGAGAUCCUGCCAGACCUGGACUCCCUGCAGAUCCACAUCAUGGACUGCAUCAACUAGACCCUCUGUCAUCACCAGUAUCUAUGACAACAGCAGCCACAUAAGCACCUUUAUCUGAGUCUUCCUCUGCUUUGACCUGUACCUCUUCUCUGGUCCGUGUGACAGCACUCCACAUAGGCACCACAAGAUCAGUAAUAUUCACUGUAGGAUGGGGACAAAAAUAUGUUGUCUCAAGUCAGUUUGAAAGUGCCAAGAACAUUUGGAAUAAUAUAUAAAUAAUAUUGGGGGACACGUCCUCUUGUAGGUUUUAAGUCUAUGCUGUUUGUUUGUUGCUGUGAAAACAAGCUGAAGGUGAAAUCCUACGAGGCGAACGAAAUCUGGAACAUCAAAACAGAAACUGUACUAACCCUUUGACAAUAUUUCAGUGUGGUGCUGUCUGCCGUCCGAGCACUCAUUUACAAUUCAACCAAAGCUGAAAAUUUAUAAUUUCUAUUUGUGUACCAAGUUGGUUGGGCAAUUUAUUUUUAAAAUGUUUCCUUGUCAAAUUAAAAUGAAAUUCUUUCUCUAUUUUUUAGUUUGAAAAGGAUAUUUUAGCUGAAAAUAUAUUUUGUUUUGCCUCUGCAGAUGAUAUGUGGGAAUUAGAACACAGUAUACUUAACUUGUUAAUCAACCUAUGACUUUUAAGCAGCAGCCUUUGUUUGAUACGUCCACGAGGCUUCAACACCAUGUUGAGUCUGUGCUCUGUAGAUUAUGAAGGCCUGCUGAAUAUAUGUUGUGAUUCUGUGAAUAAAAAGAAUCAAAUGAUUUCCAAA